CAAGAGUGUCAAGCCCUGCGAAUUGCGUUCUUUGAGUGUAAGCGUUCUCUCCUGGAUAUGCGAACUAGGUUUAGAGGCAGGAAAGGAUAUUAGAUUUGCAUUAUGGCGGGAAAAAUUGGAAAAAGCGUCAAAUUGUUUUCCUACGCCAGGACAUUACAGAGUAAGAGUGAUUAUGCGCUCAAGAUGAAUCGCCUUUCUAAUCAGAUUUUUGGAGAAGUUUACCGACCUACGUCAGAGAAAUCGGUGAAUCUUGUUGAAAAAUAUUCUAAGCCCCCCAACGAAGAGCGUGAGUUCUAUGUACAAUACUACCCUGCUGUAGAAGAAACAACAGAGCUGAUGAGGGUCCUUAGAGAUUACGGUCUUUACAGGGAUGAAUAUGAAGAUUUCAAGGAAGAGAUGGAGAGACAGAGAGCUCUACGCGGUAAGAUAAAGGUUCGACCCAAGUGGAAGGACGGAGUUAAACCGGAGAAAGUUGUUGAUAUCAGAUACGACGACUAGUCGGGUAUUUUUCCAAUUUUAUUUUAGUCAUAAAAUGUUAGAGAACGGUGGAGCCGAUUAAUUAAGCUGCCCCUCAUGUUACAGAA